GAUGUGGACAAGUGGUCCUUUGAUGUCUUUUCCCUCAAUGAGGCUAGUGGAGAUCAUGCACUGAAAUUUAUUUUCUAUGAAUUACUCACACGUUAUGAUCUGAUCAGCCGUUUCAAGAUCCCCAUUUCUGCACUUGUCUCAUUUGUGGAGGCUCUGGAAGUGGGAUACAGCAAACACAAAAAUCCUUACCAUAACUUAAUGCAUGCAGCCGAUGUUACACAGACCGUGCAUUACCUCCUCUAUAAGACGGGAGUAGCGAACUGGCUGACAGAGCUGGAGAUCUUUGCUAUAAUCUUCUCAGCUGCCAUCCAUGACUAUGAACAUACCGGAACCACCAACAAUUUCCACAUUCAGACUCGAUCUGAUUCAGCUAUUCUGUACAACGAUAGAUCUGUCCUGGAAAAUCACCAUUUAAGUGCAGCCUAUCGCCUUCUACAAGAGGAUGAGGAGAUGAAUAUUUUGAUCAACCUCUCAAAGGAUGACUGGAGGGAGUUUCGAACCUUGGUAAUAGAGAUGGUGAUGGCCACGGAUAUGUCUUGUCACUUUCAACAAAUCAAAGCGAUGAAGACUGCUCUGCAACAGCCAGAAGCAAUUGAAAAGCCGAAAGCCUUAUCCCUUAUGCUGCAUACAGCAGAUAUUAGCCAUCCAGCAAAAGCGUGGGACCUGCAUCAUCGCUGGACAAUGUCACUCCUGGAGGAGUUCUUCAGACAGGUACCUUGUUGCUGUGCUGUUUAUCAGGGCUGUCAUCACUGA